UAAUAUUUUCUUGGACGCGACACAAAUCAGUUCUCUGUGAUAGUGAAAGCGAUAGGAUAUCUUCGCGAAUGGUAGAAAACUCUUUCGCAUUGACAGUGAAAUUCGGAUCUAUUGUGACUGUUUGAAAAACGUGUUCUGAAAAGUGACCUGAUUGACGGCGAGUGAUAAGCUAAGGAACAGCUUGGGCCUCCCAUGGAAGAUAUGAACUGAAGAGAGCCGCUCCAUAAAUAUAACAAUGGAUUGCAAAGUUUGCCUCGACAGGUUCAACGAGGAAGACAAGAGGCCUCGCUACAUCCCGUGCGGCCACACCUUCUGCUCCUUCUGCCUGAGUAACCUCAUGAAAAGCGGCUCCUUGUCGUGCCCGACCUGCCGCGCCAGACACUCUGCCCCCGACAUCGCACAGUUUCCCAUCGCGUACCUCGUGGAGGAGCUGAUCAAGAACUGCAGCGUGAGGAGGUCCUUGGCGAGAGCAGGUGCCACGAGCUCCCUCGCCGAGUCCAACAAUGGCGAGAGGAAAACCAUCAGCAAGAAGCUGACAUCGCUGAAAGAAGAGCAACAGGAGAGCAUGGAUGUCGUCGAUGAGACUUGCGAGAAAGUGUUCACUGACCUAGCCAUGUAUAAGGCAGCUCUCGUUCACUGGCAGUCAGACCAUGAUAAAUAUGUAGACAAGAUUACCAAACUCAUGAUUGAGCCAAACGAGGAGCUCAGGCGGCUGUUGGCGGACGAGAAACAGGCCAUAGAAGACAAGUGGCAAGAAGGACUGGAGCUUCAGGGAGAUCUGUGUAUGGCUCUGUCUGCUCUCUCUGACGCAGAGACGGCGCAGCAGGUGGUGACGGCAAUCGACGCCGCAGAUCAACGCCAGACUAAAGCAGAGGAAUGGAUCGAAACUUGUCACGAAGGUUUCCCGAAUAUCGCUCUUGCUCACAAGUCAAUUAAGUUACGACUGCUAUUUGCCAAAGCACUGGAGAUUAUAACUGAAGGUGAAGAGGAUGGUAGCUGUGCCCCCCUGCAUUUGGCGGGGUCUAAACACAGCAUACCCAAGAAAGUCACCGUCAUUCAUGAAUUAGCAUCAGUGAAGAUCACGGCGGAAAGCCUCCGCCGUCCCAACGGGUCGGUGAAGUCCCUGCUGGACGCCGGCGUGGUUUUUGCAGUGAAGAAGGACGAAGAAGGAAAGAAUCGUUUUGCAAAAAUAUCGCUGAAAAACAACAAGACCGUUCUUCACCAUCUGACUGACGUUGCUCCAUCAUCCACAAAUGUUUAUACCGUACAGUAUGACGAGAUCAAGUCGCAGAUGAACGCCUCCAACACCCUGACGUUCCUGGACCUGGUGUGGCCGGCCUCGACGCAGCGGCGACGCGUCCACAUCCGACUGAGCCCCGAAUCCGCGCGCGGCCGCCACUUCAUCCUGAUGUGCACGGGCGAGGAAGGGCCUUCGCUCGCCGACACCAAUUUCCAGAAGGUCCUGCGCAAGGGCGGGCCCGGGGAGCUCGUGAUGGCCGGGAGCUACUCGUGCGUGAAGGGCUCGGCCAUCUUGCCCAACGGGGACAAGUACAAGAGGAAGGCCACGGCCGGCGUCGUGUUCGGAGUGCCUCACUGGGACAAGGUGUGGGACGCCCGCUACUACGGGGUCUUCCACAUCGCCACCCGAGACUGCCCGAGCUCGUACUAUUACACUGCUUUCGGCCAGGUGGAGACCGGCCUGGAGGCCUUGGUCGCAGCGACUGAGUUGGAUGAUAUCACCUGCGUGAAAAUAGCGGAGUGCGGCGUCGUGCUCUGAGGAGGAGGCGAGGCGACAGCUGGUGAUGACGCCUGCAUGAAACCACACCGCAUUGUAGGGCUUUUCUUCCUGGGAUCCUUGAGCACAUUUGGUCCUUGUGCUUUCCCCGCACUAUUAGUGAUUUAUAUUGUAUAUUUUACGAAAUAAAUUCUUUAUCGAUUCA